AUGUUUAGUAAAAAACAUUUUAUUACCGAAGACAUUCCUGAUUUGACCGGAAAAGUUGCCAUUGUCACAGGAGGCAACUCAGGAAUCGGAUACACCACAGCAAGAGAAUUAACUCGUAAAAAUGCACAUGUAUUUAUUGCAAGUCGCAGUAAAGAACGUGGCGAAGGUGCCGUAGAAAAAAUUAAAAAAGAAACUGGAAAAAGUCAAGUAGAAUAUUUACAUUUAGAUUUAUCUAACCUUAAGAAUGUAAAAAAAUCAGCUGAAAAUUUCCUUUCAAAAAAUUUAUCUUUACAUAUUCUUAUCAAUAAUGCUGGAAUCGUGAACUCAUGGUCAUUAACUGAAGAUGGGAUCCAGAAUGAAUUUGGAGUAAAUCACGUUGGACAUUUCCUUUUCACAAUGACUCUUCUUGCUAAAAUUGAAGCUUCGGCACCUUCUCGAAUCGUUAUCGUCAGCAGUACAGCUCAUGGAUAUACUGAAGGAAUUGAAUUCGAUAAGAUUAAUCAAGAAGCAACUCAAUCAACUUGGCAACGUUACUGUAUAUCAAAACUUUCCAAUGUCCUUUUUACAAAAUCAUUAUCGAAGCGAGUUGAAGGCAAAGAAGUUUAUGUUAAUUCAGUUCAUCCAGGGUUUGUUGAUACCAGUAUAGCAAGAGGGUUCAAAUCAGGAUUCUUUGUGGCAAAAGUUUUAAAAUGUGCUACAUCAUCAAUUAGUGAAAUGCAUAAAAUUUUAAUUUUACAUAGAGAUUUACAUCUUGGUAAUAUUUUGAAAGAAAAGGAUGUAUUUUUGAGUGAUACAGGGUUAAACGGAUCAUGUAUUGUUCGCGGGGUCUUGCCUUAUAUGGCACCGGAAUUGUUACAUAAUCAACCAUACACGAAAAAGGCCGAUCUUUAUAGUUUCGGAAUAAUCAUGGCGGAACUUACAACCGGAAAACCUCCGUUUGAAGAUAGAUUAUUCGAUCAUCAUUUAGCGAUUGAUAUUUGUAAAGGGUUAAGGCCUAAAUUCGCCAAAGAAACUCCAGAGUGCUACAUCGCAUUAGUUAAAAGGCUUUUAGAUGCUGAUCCAACAAAAAGGCCGGAAGCCGAAGAAAUUUUAAUGAUUAUUAAUUCUUGGAUCAAGAUUUUUCAUGAAUCUAAUGAGAAUUUGAGUAAAGAAGAACUGAUUAUAAAGAAUGAAUUUGAUAUUUCUAAUGAACUGAUCUCAAAUUUACCAGAUGAGAUCAAUGUUUCUAAAUAUCGAGAACCUUACAUAAGCAAAAUAAUCAAUUUUAUUAAUCUUCCGAUUCCUGUUAAUCUACAAGACCAUUCGGAAGGUUCUCAAGUUUAA